AUGUCGUUGGACUCCAAGGAACUCGCCGCGCUCGAGGUUGCGAUCGCCGCCGAUCCCGCCGCGUGCGCGUCCCUCGCGGCGGUCGUCGCGGCGCUGAAGCAGGCGGCGAGCGGCGGCAGCUCGACGGUGCCGAUCUCCGCGACCGCCUCGCAGCUCAUCCCGGUCGCCGCCGCGCUCGCGGCCAAGCCCACCGCCAACGGAGUCGCCAAGCCCACCGCCAACGGUGCGGGUCCCGCGGUUCCGGCCGUGGACUACAAGGAGAGCGACGUGGUGUGCAAGUCCUCGACGCCGAUCUCGUUCAGCACACCGCGGGGAAAGUUCGAGUGCAAGCUGCUCGGCGACGGGCGGUGCGUCCUGGAGCAGCGCACGCCCAAGGGAGUCACGGCGUACGCGGUGCGACCUCAGCACGUCCGACGCGCAAUGCGCCUGGACGUCGGCGACAGCAACAACACCACCCACCUCAUGGUCGCCAUCGAUCCGAACCACGCCCUCGUCGCGGGGAAGCAAAAGAUGCGAACGCUCCUCGCGCAGGUCCGCGGUAAGGACGCGCCCGCGACGGUUCAGUUCCUGGACGCCAACGGCCCUUGCCCGGGCCGCGACGUUUACGAGGCGCGUCUGCGAGACCAGCCGCCCGGUUCGACCGGGGCGCCGAACCCGGCGAACGCGAUGGCCGCGCUCGUCGAGUUAUUCUUCGGUUUGUGCGCCGACGGCAAGCGCUGCGCGGUGCCCAAGACGGAUCGGGUCUUCGCCGGCGUCGGCGGUCGCGGGUGCGUCAAGGCCAACCACAAGUUCAACCAGGGGCACCUGUUCAUGUUCGACGACGGGUUGGCGUUCGCGGAGAGGCCCGCGCUGUGGCUCCCGUGGGAGGACGUUGCGGACCUGCAGCUGCAACGCGCGGAUGGCGGAAGCGGCACCUUCGACCUGAAAGUCACACCGGAGGGGGGCGAGCCGCCGCACGAGUUCGCGAACGUGAGCCGCGAGGAGCUCGAGGAGGUGCAGCGGUACCUGGCCAAGCGGUGCAGCGAGGCGGGCGGCGAGGACGAGGACGGGGACGAGGACGGGGGCACAGCCGGCGGCGGCGCGGCGGACAUGCUCGAUGACGUCGACUCGGACGAGGACAGCGACGAAGAGGACGAGGAUUUCAACGCGGCGGGUAUCGACGACGACGACGACGACGACGAUGACGACGACGACGAUGACGACGACGACGAUGACGACGACGACGACGGCGAUGACGACGACGACGAUGAGGAGGAGGAAGAGGAGGAGGAGGAGGAUGCCGACGGUUCGGGCUCUGACGACUCCGAGGUUGAGACGGUUCCGAGUCGCAAGCGCGCCAGGGACGGGGACGGGGACGGGGACGACGCGACGGCGAUACCCGGGACCGGCGGCGUGCAGGCGAUGGACGAGGACGAGAGCGAGGACGAGGACGAGGACGAGGACAGCGACGACGACAGGGCGUUUGAGGUUGUCGCGCACUGA